AAAUUCACCGAGAAAGGAUAUGGAUAGAGUUCUCAGAGAAUGGGCCCCUUUAACAGAUUUGUUUGCUAAACUUCCCAGUAAAAUUCAAAAUGGACUAUUUACAACAGAUUUGAAGUUAACAUGUCUAGAUGUUUUGCCAGAGUUUUUAGCUAUAGGUACAAAUUUUGGCCUUGUGUAUUGGUAUGAUAGAAAGAAGAAGACCCUACAGAAGUUAAGAUGUGAAAAUGGUCAUGCAGCAACGACGUUUGUCAAAGUUGUAUCUACAGUAGAUUACAUGGUAGCAUGUGGAAAUAAGGAUGGAAGCAUAAGUAUUUUUCAAGUACCGAAAACUCCUGCAGAAUCCCUUCCAGAAAGUUUAAAACCAAAAAACAAACAAAUAGAGAGGUACACAGUAUCUGAUUUGCAUAAAUCGUCUAUAUCUGCGUUAGAGUGGUCAAAAAAUGGAAUGAAAUUGUUUUCUGGCGAUAAAUCUGGGAAGAUUGUAUUAACAGAGAUAGACUUUUACAUGCACAUAUGCAAAUCAUUAGAAAUUUUAAAUGAGUCUUAUGAGGUAGUUCAGUUGAAUUUUUAUCAACAAAUGCUUCUUGUGUCAACUACUUAUAGGAGUAUAAUUUGCAAAAAAGCUGAUAAAUGGAAGGUAUCACAAGUGGGAAAGAAAGAUAGAAAAAUUUUAGGUAACUUUGGGGGCAUAAUUCACUCAAAUACACAUUGUCCAAAUGAUGCAGUGAUUUACUGCACACGCCCAGGCCUUAGAAUAUGGGAAGGAGAUCUCAAUGGAAAUGUUUUAAAAACAUUAAUUUUUAAGGAUAUCCUUGUACAACCCAUACCAGAAAUAGAAAUAAUUAAUCCUAUUCCUGAAAAUAUAAAAAGAAAUAAACCACAAAAGGAAAAAUCCUUUGGAUUAGUUUUACCAUUUAAUGAAGAGUCCUUGGUUAUUUAUAAUAAUGACUGUUUGUUUGUUUUGAAUCCAAAAACAUUAACUGUAGAGUCAGUUUUAAGUAGUUUACGAAACAUAAUAAGCGUUGGGGUAACCAGGAAUGAAAUAUUCGUUUUGGAAGGCGAACGAAGUCUCAUACGACUGUCAUUUCUUCCAGAAUCAAUUGAAAACAUUCCGCAACAUCCAGCGGGGAUUCCCACAGCAAACAACGCCUUUUUGCCACUCUCAAGUUCAUUAAAAGAAUUAACAGCUAAAUUUCAAACAGUGAAUAUUCCACCCCUUUUGGAGACAGUGGUAACUAAUGGCUUUAAGGAUUACCAAGUGGACUGUAUAACCAAUGCAGAAGAAGCCAAAGAAUCUCCAAAAAAACAACAACAGGAAAAUUGUGAUCAUUUAACCGAAAAAAUCAACGAAACGUACAAGAAAUUAGAGAGAUUGGAGAAGGCUGUUAAAGAUGUGCAUGAAAACGAUAAUAUUCUCUACAAACACAAGAGACAUAAAGGGAAAGAUCCAGAGCCAAAGAAUCAUUCUGAUGAAGUGUCUCUCAUUAAUAUUCCAACAGUGAUGAGUGUAAGCACUGUGGGAAUCUUGCCAGAUUUAAGAAGUUGUGAGGCCAUUAAAUCUGAUAUAGAAGAAAAGGAAAAACUUCUUGCAGAUAUUUUGUGUUUAAACACUAUUAAAAUAAACGAAGAGGCCCUCAAAAAAUGUAUGUCAAACUCUGAUGAAGUCGGAAACAAAGCAAAAUCAAUUGGUACCAGUUUCAAUGACGAUGAUCUAGGUGCAUGUCAAAAAGACUUUCAUAGUGGUAAUAAAAGCGAAAACGUUGACAAAAAAAAGAAUCAAAAUGACGAUAGUUUAUCUAAGUCUAUUGUAUCCUAUUUAAAUAAAAUCAAUUCUUCUCCUCCUUUAAAAAGAACACCAAUGCAUAAAGAUAUGGAGGAGAAUUUUACCUCAAAAGAAAGUACUGGCAGUGAAGAAGCUAGUAACAAGUCAAUAAAUAAUGUACCAGAUCUUAUAAACAUUCCAUUUGAUUGGAAGCUGAAUAGAAUACAAGUAAAAGAUGAAGAAGAGCUUUUAUCUGACACAUCCUUAGCAGAUUGGGAAUUGUUAUAAUCAAAUGCUGUGAUUUUAGUUUCUAUAAUUUGAUUGAUAUGUAAUUGAUUUAUUGUGCUGUACGAAUUACUUUAAACAUUAUGUGUAUAGUACUGGUGAUUUUACACUAUUUUUAUUUCUAUUUUGUUAUUCCUAAACGAGAUUUUUCAAAUCUAAUUAAUUAUAUCCAUAUAUUUUUUUAAAAUAGAU